AUGGAAGACGAUUUCGAUAUGCAGCUUCCGGCAGAGGAGCCCGAGGAGAUGGAUUUGGAUCUCGCGGACGAUGCUGAAUCGGAUCCUAUAAUGAAAGUCGGCGAGGAGAAGGAGAUCGGUAAAUUAGGAUUGAAGAAGAAGCUAGUCAAGGAAGGUGAAAAAUGGGAUACGCCUGAAAACGGUGACGAAGUUGAAGUGCAUUACACGGGAACAUUGUUAGACGGGACCAAGUUCGAUUCAAGCCGUGACAGAGGAACUCCCUUCAAAUUUACUCUCGGCCAAGGACAUGUGAUAAAAGGAUGGGACAUAGGGAUCAAGACAAUGAAGAAAGGCGAGAACGCCAUUUUCACCAUCCCUCCCGAGCUGGCGUAUGGUGAAACCGGUUCACCACCAACCAUUCCUCCAAAUGCUACUCUUCAGUUUGAUGUGGAGCUGCUAUCGUGGAGGAGUGUAAAGGAUAUAUGCGGUGAUGGUGGUUUGUUCAAGAAAAUUAUAGUCGAAGGGGAAAAAUGGGAGAAGCCAAAGGACCUUGAUGAAGUGUUCGUCAAGUAUGAAGCUCGGCUUGAGGAUGGCACCAUUGUUGGAAGGUCUGAUGGGGCAGAGUUCACUGUCAAGGAGGGUCAUUUCUGUCCUGCGCUUGCUAAGGCAGUCAAAACCAUGAAAAGAGGAGAGAAGGUUCUCCUAACUGUGAAGCCACAAUAUGGCUUUGGGGAAAUUGGAAGACCAGCAGAUGCUGGUUCUCAUGCUGCAAUCCCACCCAAUGCAACCCUUCAGAUUGACCUUCAGUUGGUUUCUUGGAAGACUGUGCUGGAAGUAACUGAUGACAAGAAGGUUAUUAAGAAAAUACUGAAGGAAGGAGAGGGAUAUGAUCGUCCCAACGAAGGAGCACUUGUCAAACUGAAGUUGAUCGGUAGACUUCAAAAUGGAAUUGUGUUCUUGAAGAAAGGUCAUGCAGAAGACGAUGAGCCAUUCGAGUUCAAGACCGAUGAAGAACAAGUAAUUGAAGGACUUGAAAGAGGUGUGAUGAGCAUGAAGAAGGGUGAGGUGGCACUAAUCACCAUUUGUCCGGAAUAUGCUUUUGGUUCCUCUGAAUCAAAGCAGGAGCUGGCUUUAAUACCUCCAAGCUCAACUGUAUGCUUUGAGGUGGAGCUGGUAUCCUUCAUCAAGGAGAAAGAGUCUUGGGACAUGAACACACAGGAAAAGAUAGAAGCUGCUGGCAAGAAGAAGGAAGAGGGGAACGCAUUGUUCAAGGCUGGAAAAUACACAAGAGCUUCAAAGAGAUACAAGAGGGGUGUAGAGUACAUAGAAUAUGACUCAACUUUCGAUGAAGAGGAGAAAAAGAAAGCACAAGCUCUAAAGAUUUCAUGUAAUCUGAACAAUGCUGCUUGCAAGCUGAAACUGAAAGAUUACAAGGAGGCGGCAAAAUUUUCCACAAAGGUGUUGGAGAUGGAUGGUGGGAACGUGAAAGCGUUGUAUAGGAGAGCACAUGCAUACAUGGAGAUGGCUGAUCUUGACUUGGCUGAGCUUGAUAUCAAGAAAGCUCUUGAAAUCGAUCCUGACAACAAGGAAGUGAAGAUGGAAUAUAAGAAAUUGAAGGAGAAGGUGAAGGAAUACAACAAGAAAGAUGCCAAGUUUUACAGUAACAUGCUGGCUAAGAUGCUUGAGCCACACAAAGAAGCACGGAAGGAAGCACAGGCGAUGAGUAUUGAUACCAAGGCAUGAUUUGGAACACUUAGACGCAUUGAUCCCGAAAAGUAAAUACAGAAUUUUGUUUGUUUCCUUUCGCUACAAUCUUGGGAUGUAACAUUUUCAGACGAUAUUGCCCAAUGGUCGUGUUCUCUUUCUAGUACCUACUUUGAACUACUGUUGAAGCAAAACAGACUUGUAAUAAAACAAGGAUUCACUCUUUUAAUUACUUUCGGCUUGUAAUAAA